UGUUCCUCGACAACAGCCACUCUCCUCCGCUCUCCUCCACUCUGACUCACCUUCUCUGCCGCUCCGAUCCACACACGUAAAGCCAUGACGAAGGUUGCCGUGGUAACUGGCAGUAACAAGGGCAUCGGUCUGUCCAUCGUUCGCGCGCUGUGCAAACAGUUUGAGGGCGAUGUCUACGUCACAGCCAGAGACAAAACCCGAGGUGAAGAAGCAGUGAAGACCUUGGCCUCUGAAGGUCUAAAGUCCAAGUUUCAUCAGCUGGACAUCAAUGACAUAAACAGCAUCAUCAAGGCAGCGGCCUUCUUCAAAGACACGUACGGAGGGGUGGACGUCCUGGUCAACAAUGCCGGCAUCGCAUUCAAAGGGGCAGAUACCACUCCAUUUCCUGUCCAAGCCGAGGUGACUCUUCAGACCAACUUCUUUGCCACCAGAGACAUGCUCACACACUUCAUGCCGCUCAUGAAGCCAGGAGGCAGAGUGGUCAACGUGUCCAGUUUUGUGGGGAGUCGAACCUUGAACCAGUGCAGUAAAGAACUUCAGGCCCGAUUCCGCAGUGAGGACAUCACAGAGGACGAGCUGGUGGAGCUGAUGAAGAGGUUUGUGGAGAAAACUAAAAGUGACCAGCACAAAGAGGACGGCUGGCCCCAGACGGCUUAUGGAGUGUCCAAGACCGGCCUGACGGUUCUAUCCAUGAUUUUGGCUCGUCGUCUGUCCAAGGAGAGGCCUCAGGAUAAUAUCUUGCUGAACGCAUGCUGUCCAGGCUGGGUACGCACAGACAUGGCAGGUGACAAAGCUUCAAAGUCUCCAGAUGAGGGCGCCAUCACCCCCGUGUACCUGGCACUGCUGCCCCCUGGAGCCACAGAGCCACACGGGCGCUUCGUGUCCGAUAAGGAGGUGCAGAAGUGGUGAAGUCCAGAGAAGAGCCGGACUUGCCGAACCUGUGUGAUGACCCCAAGUGACCAAAUGACCUAAGCACUGUACAUGGCCCCACAAAUUAAAUGUCUUUUUUUA